GUUACUGUUACUGAGUGGGCUGUAUGGUUUCUGAGGAAGAUGGCGGUUGUUGGUGGACAGUUCUCUGAUUUACGUGAGAUUAAAAAGCAGUUGCUGAGUGUAAGCUGGCUGUGUAGGGAACGCGGGUUGAUGCACAGUGUUAAAUGGGCAUCAGAACUUGCUUUCUCUUUGGAGUCUAUCCCUUUAAAUGAACUGCCUCCCACUCCAGAGCUUACUGAGGAAGAUGCACACGAUCUGGAUGCCUAUACGCUCGCUAAAUCUUACUUUGAUUUGAAGGAGUAUGAUAGAGCUGCAUACUUUUUGCGAGGUUGCAAAAGCCAGAAAGCCUACUUCCUCUAUAUGUACUCCAGGUAUUUGUCUGGUGAAAAGAAGAAAGAUGACGAGACUGUUGAUAGUUUGGGUCCACUAGAAAAAGGACAGGUGAAGAAUGAGGCUCUGAGGGAGCUACGUGUAGAGCUGAGUAAGAAGCAUAAAGCCAGGGAGUUGGAUGGUUUUGGCCUCUACCUGUAUGGAGUGGUUUUGAGGAAGCUGGAUUUAGUAAAAGAAGCCCUGGAUGUGUUUGUUGAAGCAGCAAAUGUUUUGCCCUUGCACUGGGGGACCUGGCUGGAGCUGUGUAAUUUAAUUACAGACAAAGAGAUGCUGAAAUUCCUGUCCUUACCAGACUCCUGGAUAAAGGAAUUCUUUCUGGCUCACAUUUACACUGAGCUGCAGUUGAUUGAAGAGGCUCUGCAAAAGUACCAGAGUCUCAUUGAUGCUGGAUUCUCCAAGAGCACUUACAUUAUAUCUCAAAUUGCUGUUGCGUAUCAUAACAUCAGAGAUAUUGACAAGGCUUUAUCUAUCUUCAAUGAGUUGCGUAAACAAGAUCCUUACAGGAUUGAAAAUAUGGACACAUUUUCUAACCUCUUAUAUGUCAGGGGUUUAAAGCCAGAGCUGAGUUAUUUGGCACAUAAUCUAUGUGAUAUUGACAAGUAUCGUGUGGAAACUUGCUGUGUAAUUGGGAAUUAUUAUAGUCUCCGUUCUCAGCAUGAAAAAGCUGCUUUAUAUUUCCAAAGAGCUUUAAAACUUAACCCACGUUAUCUUGGUGCUUGGACUCUUAUGGGGCAUGAGUACAUGGAAAUGAAAAAUACAUCUGCUGCAAUACAAGCUUAUAGACAUGCUAUUGAAGUAAACAAGAGGGAUUAUCGAGCUUGGUAUGGAUUAGGGCAAACAUAUGAGAUCUUAAAGAUGCCAUUUUACUGUCUCUAUUACUAUAGACGUGCUCACCAACUCAGACCAAAUGAUUCCCGAAUGCUUGUUGCUUUGGGGGAGUGCUAUGAGAAACUAAACCAGCUUGUGGAGGCUACAAAAUGUUAUUGGAGAGCAUAUGCUGUUGGUGAUGUUGAGAAAAUGGCUUUAGUUAAGCUGGCUAAACUUCAUGAACAAUUAAAUGAGUCAGAACAAGCUGCACAAUGCUAUAUCAAAUAUAUACAGGAUAUUUACUCCUGUGGGGAGAUAGUGGAGCACCAGGAAGUGAGCACAGCCUUUCGCUAUCUAGCUCAGUAUUACUUCAAGUGUAAAUUAUGGGAUCAGGCUUCCGCAUGUGCCCAAAAAUGCUUUAAUUUUAAUGAUACUAGAGAAGAAGGCAAAGCACUUCUACGACAGAUCAUGCAGCUGCGCAAUCAGAAUGAAAGCCCAUCAGCUGAUCCUACUACUAAUCCUCCCUUCUUCUUGCCACAAUCCCUUUCUGCCAGCAACACUCCCACUAGAAGAGUUUCUCCACUUAAUCUUUCCUCAGUCACACCUUAACACCCACACAUCUUGCGGUGACCUUCUACAAGUAUGUAUUGUGGUUUGAGAAUGUAAUAAAAUGUAUGGACUGUUAUAUGUUGUUGCUUCUGUUGAAGCAGAAAAUUUCACCAUGGAAAUCUAAUGUGAAGUGGGAAUAAAUUACGAUACCACACUGUUAAAGGACUUGUCAAGUUUGUGCUGGCACAGACACUGCUCCUGUGUGAUGUGAAUAGUAGAGCAAAUGUAUUUCUUUAAAAUUAUCAGCUUUGAUUCUGUAUUGUCAAUAAAGCUUUUUUAUACUGUGUA